AUGCAUGUUGGUGUGGUUGGGCUUGGUGGGUUGGGUCAUGUAGCUGUUAAGUUUCUUAAAGCUCUUGGUGUUAAAGUUACUGUGAUCAGCACCAGUCCCAAGAAAAAAGAAGAAGCCAUUAAUACUUUUGGUGCUGAUUCUUUCUUAGUAAGCCGUGAUCAAGCCCAGAUGCAGAGUGGUGUGGGUUCUAUGGAUGGAAUAAUUGACACUGUUUCCGCUGAUCAUCCUCUUGUGCCUUUGAUUAGUCUCCUAAAGGCUAAUGGGAAAUUGGUUUUGGUUGGUGCCCCAACUAAGCCAUAUGAGCUACCUGCUUUCCCAUUGCUUUUUGGUAGGAAGAUGGUGGGAGGUAGUUUCAUAGGGGGGAUAAAGGAGACACAAGAGAUGAUUGAAUUUGCAGCAAAACAUAAUAUAACGGCAGCGAUUGAACUCAUUCCCAUUGAAUAUAUCAACACUGCAAUGGAGCGUCUUGCAAAAGCUGACGUUCGUUAUCGCUUUGUUAUUGACAUUGGUAACACAUUAAAAACCGCAUAA